CUUGUAAAAUACGCGCAACACGAUGAACGGAUUCGCGGUACUCGGUCAGUCGUCGGUCAAUCGUCAGCAGACGCUGCUGCUGUUGCUGCUUCCUUUUCUUCUCGUCGGUUCAGUCGUCGGUGAGAUUGAAAGACGUACCUCGAAGCAAAUGGUCGAGGAAUCCCCGGAGAGCUUGGCGUCUACUUUGAGCAAGGACUGUGGCAAAUCCUACAGUGCCACUUGUCUCAAGCUAGACGUGGUGUCCUUCCUAGAUAGAUUAUCCGAACAGGAGGACAUCAGCAUCCUGCCGGGAGUGUCGGUGAUCAAGGAAAACGGUUCCGCCAGUAUGCCGGCUUCCGAGGUGGUCGCCAAUCUGGCUAGAGAUUUCCCCAACGACGUGGAGAAGAGGCUGGACGCGUAUCUGAUUCACAAGGUCGGAAGCUACCUACACAGCCACUCGAUAUCCAUCAAACUGUUCGAUCCGAGGACCUUCGAGGCUGCUAGGAACUUCAACGAAGAGACGCUGGCCCAGCUUGGACUUGGUGGCGGGCAGAGUAGUGUCGGAACUGGACGUAAGAAGGAGAAGGGCGGUAUGAAUGGCAUGAUGGCUGGCCUGAUGAUGAUGAAAGGUACCCUUGGCGCUAUCGGCUUCGGUGCUCUUGCUCUACUCGCCGGUAAAGCUCUGAUGACCGGACUGAUGGCCCUCAUGCUGUCAGCCAUUGUUGGCUUGAAAUCUUUGGCUAGUGGUGGCGAGAAGAAGACUACUUAUGAAAUUGUCAGUAAACCCGUAUACUCGAGUUCUCACACUCACAGCUCCGAGGAGCAUCACGGCCAUGGCUAUGGACAUUCUGGAUACGGAAGAUCUCUAGACACGAUUCACGACAGCGUCCAGCAGGCCGUUUUGAAAUAUGGCAACGCGAGGGACCGUCGAUCGUUGUUCCGGCAAAAUUAA